UUGAAGAACUGUUUUGAUAAAUUGGUGCAUGUACAGGAAUCCUGUUUCCAUUAACAAAAGUGGCUAUAAUUCCACUUACUUAAACUAGUAAAAAUGACCAUCCAUUGGAAAUUUGAAAUUGAUUCACAAUGACUCUUAGAGUGUGUAUAAGAAGGAGGCCUCUGUCAUAGUAGGAAAACACAAAUAAAGAGAUAUAACUAUGAAGACAAUAGUUCCUUUUCUUUGUUUCUUUCUUUGUUUUUAGGAACCUCAGCUGAGAGGUCUACUUACAUUGUCCAUUUGGAUAAGUCUUUUAUGCCUAAAAUCUUAGCGACUCACCAAAACUGGCAUUCUUACAUUAUUGAUACCGUCAAGAUUGAAGCUCCCACUACACGAAAUACCCACCAUCCACUUCCAAAGCUUCUUUAUUCUUAUGACAGUGUCCUUCAUGGCUUCAGUGCUGUGUUGUCUAAAGAUGAAAUCGAAGCACUCGAGAAGUCUCCAGGCUUUGUUUCAGCUUAUAAAGACAGGCCUGUUGAAGCUCACACUACACAUUCCCCUGAGUUUCUUAAGCUUAAUCCUGCUUCAGGGCUAUGGCCGGCGUCUGGUUUUGGUGAAGAUGUGAUCAUCCGUGUACUCGACACUGGUGUCUGGCCAGAAUCUGCUAGUUUCAGAGAUGAUGGACUAUCUGCAAUACCAAAAAGGUGGAAGGGAAUUUGCAAGCCAGGAACAGAUUUCAAUUCUUCAUUGUGCAACAGGAAACUCAUUGGAGCGAAUUAUUUCAAUAAGGGGCUUUUGGCUAGCGAUCCUACUAUCGUCCUUUCCAUGAAUUCUGCAAGAGAUACGAGAGGUCAUGGCACUCAUGUUGCUUCCAUUGCUGCUGGUAGUCCUGUAAAAGGAGUUUCAUAUUUUGGAUAUGCUCCUGGAACAGCAAGAGGUAUUGCGUCACGAGCUAGGCUUGCUGUGUAUAAGUUUAGCUUUGAAGAAGGGACUGUCACUUCUGAUUUAAUUGCUGCUAUGGACCAAGCGGUUGCAGAUGGCGUUGACGUAAUAUCAAUUUCUUAUGGGUAUGGAUUUGGUCCACUGUAUGAAGAUGCUAUUGCAAUAGCUUCUUUUGGUGCCAUGAUGAAGGGUGUGUCAGUCUCUGCUUCAGCUGGGAAUAAUGGUCCUGAAAUGGGAACUUUAUCCAAUGGAUUCCCCUGGAUCUUUACUGUGGCAUCAGGCAGUACUGACCGAUCAUUUUCGGGGACUAUAACUUUAGGGAAUGGCUUAAAGAUUACUGGAUUUAGCUUGUUUCCAGUGAAAACCAACAACAACGAUUUUGAUUUGGUUUACAAUGGAAGCCUAUCCACUUGUGAUUCGUCUGAUGAUUUAGCCCUAGUCCCUAAUAAAGCACGUAGCAUCACUCUUUGUUAUAGCACUUCACAAGAAGACUUAUCAGUCUCUGAUCAAAUGGGGGCUAUCUCAGAGGCAAAAUUUGGAGGCGCAUAUGUUUAUGGAGAUCCGGAUGUAUUGUCAUCCAAUUAUUUUACGACUCCUGGAGCUGUAAUCAGCAGUAAGGAUUGGAAAAAGGUGGUAGACUAUGCAAAAACAAGUGCUAAACCAAAAGUCAGCAUCAGUUUACAGGAAACACAUUUUUCUGUUAAGCCUGCUCCAGUUGUUUCGACAUUUUCCUCGAGAGGCCCCUCUCUAAGCUAUCUACGAGUUGCAAAGCCAGAUAUUAUGGCACCAGGGGAGUUAAUUUUAGCAGCCUGGCCAUCGAACACUUCAGCUGCAGUCAUUGGUGUCAAUACAUUUUUGAAUAGUGAUUACAGUCUUCUUUCAGGCACUUCGAUGGCUGCUCCUCACAUUUCCGGAAUUGCUGCAAUGCUAAAAGGAGUACAUCCUGAUUGGAGUCCUUCCGCUAUUCGAUCUGCCAUGAUGACCACUGCAAAUCCCCUGGAUAAUACUGAAAAACCCAUCAAAACCAUGGAUUACCUCAGAACCAGCUAUGCUACAUCUUUAUCCAUGGGAGCCGGACUUGUUGAUACAUAUUGUUAUAUAUCAUUUAGUCAAUUUCAUAAUGUAUCAGAUGUGUACAAUGUUGAAAUACAUUGCAUCAUUUUAUGAUGCUCCUUACAUCAACAAUCUGAACAAUAAAUUUACAAUAGUAUAAAGAAAAAGUAAUAUAUGAGGUAUAUGCUUAUA